UUCUGCCCCAGAAAGAACACGACUAGUGAGUACAGACUAACCCCUCAUUUAUCUAGUCUAGAUGACUUUGAACACAACGACUGUUAAUGUGAGCUCUGGCUACAAUGAUCGUCUUGAACUGCCGGUGUAUUCGCUAUGUCUUAUGAGUGAGGACCUUUCUGAACACUUGAAGCGAUGGGGAUGAGAGUGGCUGUGCUGUUGUUUGUUGUUUCUGUCAGUUUGACUGAAGCAGCAGGAUGUAUACCUAAAACUAGUCCACGGUGUUACAAAAAUUCAACUAUCGAAGAAGAGGACUUUAUUUGUGAAUGGGAUAAGAUAAACUCUGAGGAGAACCAGACACACACUCUUUAUAUACGGGACAGUGAAAAGAAAAGUCUUAUGUAUGUGAACACUGGCAAUGAAACAUCUAUAUACAUUCCCUUGGAGGAACUAGGAACCACAGGAAAAAAAAUGGACAUAUGGGUACAGACACAAGUGGGCAACCUCACCUGCAAUUCUAGCAAAAUCUCAGCCAUCUUUGAAUGCUUGGUCAAAUACAGUACACCUCAGAUUUUCAGCAUGAAAAGGUCAGCUGGAAUCCUGAAUCUCACACUGAACAAAACAGAAGAUAACAAAAGUGUUAUAUACGAGAUCAGAUGGAGCGAGAUAGACUCCGAAUGGCAGAAUGCAACAUUUGAAACUGAAGAAAGCGCUAUCCAAGAUUUCUACAAGCUACAUCUACAGAAACAGACCAUCUACCAGAUCCAACUGAGGCGGCAGGCUAGACUGCAGCCACAUCUAUGUAACGACUCACUACAUACUCUCUGGAGUGACUGGAGCGAACCGGUGAAUGUUUCCUUAGAAAUCAGCCUCCCACCUGUAAUACGCUGGGCAGAAAAAAAAUGGAUGAAUGGUACCAGGGAAAUUAAUCUCAGCUGGGAUGAACCACCUGCGGAAGAGUCUGCUGGGGGUGUGAAGUACAAGCUGAACAUCACUGUUUGGCCUUGUAAAAAAAACAGUACAAAGGAAAUCUUAACAUCAAAUCGAACCUAUAAAACCUCAAUUACAUAUUCAGAGGCCAGGAUUUCCAUUAUUGCAAUUAACAAUGUUGGAAGUUCACCUCCAAAGGAGAUCAUCAUUCCCGCUGUGAAACAUCUGAGCAAUUGUGACAAGCCCUCUAAUAUCACCAAAGGUAAUAAAAUCUGCUUAGAAUGGUACAAGCUGGAAAACGGUGAGACCCGAACAAGUAAAGUAAACAGGUCAAGCAAAAACUCAUUCAAGGACAUUGAAAAAGGGGUGGAGAAGUUUGUACGUCAUUAUUACUUUCUUCACACCAUAAGCAAGAAACAUCAUAUAACUGUUGAAAUGUGUCCCUUUUACUCAGAACAGGGAGCACCCAAUAAAGGUCCAGGGAAUAUUACUAUUUCUGAAGUGACACAUGAAUCAGCUUUGGUGAGUUGGCUUUCCAUUCCUGUGGCGGAGCAACGAGGAUUUCUACUGCAUUAUCUCGUUUGGAUUUCAGGACAGGGAAAUACGACACUCCAUGAAGUCCCAGCAAAUGAAACCAGCUUCAGGAUCAAGAACCUCCACCCAGGGGCUUCAUACACUAUUUUUAUUGCCGGAAAAACAAUAGCUGGUGAAGGGCUGAAGUCAAUGAAGUACUUUGAAACACUCUCAAAAGAAAUGGGCUUAUCAUGGCAGGACCAGACCAUCCUGACCGUCUGUGUGGUAGCCCUCUUGUGUACUAUAAUCUGCUCUGUAGCUGUCAGGAGAUUUAGGAGUAAGUUGAUACCUGAGGUACCCAGUCCUGUGAUUGAUACAGCAGAAUUCAUAUGUCUGCCAAAUCAGAACCAGAGCCAGAUGACGGAGGAUGUGCAUGAAUUUGUUCUCUUGCUGCGUCAAGAUCUCUGCAAACCUAGUGAAAACGAUACCACUGAACAGAGCACUUUACUGCAAGGCUUUGGCCUUGUCGUCUUUGAAGAGGAAGAUGAGGAAGACGAGGAGGGUGAAGUUGCUGACUUGAGCUCUAUGAAAUCAUGUUGCUACCCAAAUCCUAGUUACAGAGGACAGACGCUACACCUGCCAGAGCCUUUCCACAUGACAGAUAGCACAUUAAAAGACAGUGACACAGAGUCCACAUACAGAAAUGGCCUGUUCUUUGAAACGAGAAUCAUUGAGAGUGAUAAAACAUCACUAUAGUCUUGUCUGGUCUUGUUUGUGACGAGUUCUGACAAAUAAACAACCCUAAACAAACUU